AUGGAACUCAACCGAGAACAUUUUCGCGCCAUAAUUUAUUACAAAUUUCAGAGAAAAUUAUCGCAACAAGAAUGCCUUGCUGAGUUACUGUCUGUUUUCGGCAACGAAGCACCACAUCAGUCGACAAUUUCCCGUUGGUAUGGAGAAUUCAAACGUGGACGGGUGAGUCUUAGCGACGAUCCCGGGGUGGGUGCACCAAAAACGGCUGUCACCCAGGAAAACGUCGAUGCUGUGCGCAAACUCAUCAUUGAAGAUAGACAUGUGACAUACCACGAGAUUAAGGCGUCCUUGAAGAUCCCAAAGACCUCAAUUCAAAAAUAUUUACAUGAAGAAUUAAGAGUAAGAAAAUUGGUUUCUCGUUGGAUACCCCACCUGUUGACUGAAGAGCAGAAACCAGCCAGGGUAAAUUGGUGUCAAAAAACGCUUGACCCAUUACACAUUAGUGAUGUUGAAUCGUGGAUUUACUUCAUCCGUUCUCGAAGUGUUUCGAAAAAGAUGGUCACGACAUUUGUGUCAAAAGAUGGAACUGUUACUGCGGAUUGGUAUACCACCAUUUGUUUGCCAAAAUUCAUCACCGAGCUUCGAAUAAUCAACCCCGAUAGAAGAAUCAUCCUCCACCAAGACAAUGCAAGCUCGCAAGCCCAAAAAACAAGGCAUCCCGAUCUAAAUCCUAACGAUUUCUCUACUUUCCCGAAAAUUGAAAACAGUCUGCGUGGUCAAAGGUUCAAGUCACCAGAAGAAGCAGUUGAAGCAUUCAAAAAUGCCCGCAUGCAGAUGUGUAUUAAUCUUCGUGGAGAAUACUUCGAAAAACAAUAA